CAACCAAUCCGCGACGCCGUUCGUGGUUUCCAUGGGGCUGUUAACAACCAUCAACCGCUGCCUUUCUGUUUGCUAGCUAGCUAGCUAACUAACUAACUAGCUAGCAAGUUGAGGAAUUAGCAAGGCGAACUAACUAUUGGAAACUUGUCUUUAUCAAUUGUAAAUAGGUGCUUGCCACCGUCACCAAUAUACUAGCUAGGUGGACUGAUUUUUAAGGGUUUCUUUGCCUGUCAGAAAGACGCUAACGUCAGAAAGAGCUAACGUUAGUUAGCGGCUAAUCCCAAAAAAGAAGAGGACUCGUUAAUCUAGCUAACUAGCUACUGCAAGCAAGUUUGGUAUCGUUCAAAAUGAGCGAACAGCUUAAAUUGAUCGUUGAACAGCUCAACAAGGACCCAUUCAAGAAAAACUUUAACCUCAUCACGUUUGACUCCCUCGAACCGAUGCAGCUGCUACAGAUUCUGAAUGAUGUUCUGGCUGAAAUAGACCCAAAGCAAGCUAUAGAUAUCCGUGAAGAAAUGCCUGAACAAACCAUAAAGAGAAUGUGUGCUCUGCUGGGGAUGCUGAAAUAUAAACCUCCUGGCAACCUCUCUGAUGUGAGCAGCUUCAGACAGGGCUUAGUGAGUGGCAGCAAGCCCGUGGUCCACCCAAUCCUCCACUGGCUGCUGCAGAGGCUCCCUGAGCUGAAGAAAAGGGCUUAUCUGGCUCGCUUUCUGGUCAAACUGGAGGUGCCUGCAGAGUUUCUGCAGGAUGAUGUUAUCAAUGACACCUUUCACCAGUACGAGGAGCUGGUGGAAGGUUUCAAGACGUAUCACAAGGAGUGUGAGCUGCUGAGGACUUCAGGUUUCUCCACAGCAGAAAUCAGAAGGGACAUCAGUGCGAUGGAGGAAGAGAAAGACCAACUAAUCAAACGUGUAGAGAGGCUAAAGAAGAAGGUGGAGUCCGUGUCCAACCAUCAGCGGAUGCUGGAACAGGCCAGACAGCUGCGAGUGGAGAAGGAGAGAGAGGAGUCGCUGACUCACCAGAAGCAAGAACAGAAGAACCAACUGUUCCAGGCCGAGCAGAGACUGCAGAGAUCGCAGCAGCAGUUGAAGGAUGUACAGCAGGCUGCAGCAGACGCCGACCCAGAGAACUUAAUGAAGAGGCUUGAAGAGGAGAUCAAGAUCAACUCCUACAUGGUCUCGGAGAAACUCCCCAAAGAGUUGGAGGGUAUGCGACGAACAGUGCAGUACCUGCAGAAAAUAUCAUCAGAGCCCGCCAUGGGCCAGGCCGAUCUCCAGGAGCUGGAGGACCAGAUUAAAGAAGUGGAUUCUCAGAUAAACCAGUUGAUUGAGAAGAGGAUGAUGAGAAGUGACCCCAUGGAUGACAAACUGACCCUUUACAGACAACAGGCCUCCAUCAUCAUUCGACGGAAAGAGUCAAAGGCGGAGGAGCUUCAGGAAGCGAGGGAGAAGCUGGCCGCAGUCAAGAGGGGGCUAAGGCAGAGGAGCAGCCAGGCAUCCUCAGAUGGGGGGGAGGACAUCCGGGGGGAUGAGCUGAAACGUUUGGUGGUAAAAUUGCGCGGCAAGGGAACAGUAGUCAAGAAGAAACGCCAGGAAAUUGCUGAGCUGAAAGCAGAAUAUGGAGUCCUGCAACGAACCGAGGAGAUUCUCAGGCAGAGACAUGAGACUGUCCAACAGAAACUGCAAACUAUGGAAGCUGAGAAGGGCAUCUCUGGCUACAGUAACACUCAGGAGGAACUGGAGAGGGUGUCGGCCAUCAAGAGCGAACUGGACGAGAUGAAGGGCCGCACACUGGAUGACAUGUCAACAAUGGUGAAGAAAUUAAACUCUAUGAUAGUGGAGAAGAAGUCAGCUCUCGCACCCAUUAUAAAAGAACUGAGGUCACUGAGACAGCAGUGUCAGGAGCUAAACCAGGAAUAUGAGGAUAAGAAGGCACAAUAUGAAAGUUGUACUGCUGGUUUGGAGAGCAACAGAUCUAAAUUGGAGCAGGAGGUGAAAGCAUUGACAGAGGAGACAGCACAGGAGGAAAACCAAUAUCAUUAUAUCAACUCCAUGUCAGAGAUCAUUGAGAUGCAAAUACAGCGGGCGGCUGACGAGAUGAAGGCCUAUGUGUCCUCUGAUCCACAAGAGAAGAAGAAGGCCAUCAGGGAAGUUUACCUGAAGAACAUUUCAGAACAGGAGUUACUUGGCAAGAAGUUACGUGAGAAGCAGAAGAUGGUGAGGGAGAGCCACAGCGCCAACAUGGAGCAGAUGAUGAUGUGGCGUGAUCUGGAGCAGCUGAUGGAAUGCAAGAGGCAGUGCUUCAUAAGGGCUCAGAGCCAGGCAUCUAUUGGUCAGGUCAUCCAGGAGGGAGGAGAAGAUAGGCUGGUGCUGUGAGGACCUGUAGGCAGGGUCAACUAACCCACAGGUCCAACUUAAUAUUCUAUAUCUUGAUGUAAGAUGGCUAAAUCUUUUUUACAAUAUAGUUGUUAGAUGUUACUGUACAACAGGGGUGUCAAACUCAAUUUCACCAUGGGCCACACUGGAAAAAUAGGAAUCACAUCAAACGUUAGACAUGUUUAUUGACUAUUGUUUUAUUUAAUCAAAAAAGUAAAAAAAAUUAAAAACUCUUACGCAGUUUGGUCUACAUAAAGUCCUAAAAAGCCAGCAA